AUGUGGGCGCUGCGGGGCCUGGGGCGGGCGUGGAGGGGCGCGGGGGCGCUGCGGGGCUUCUCCUGCUGGAGCUGCGGCCGGCCCUUCCCCCCGCUCUCCGCCGCGGCGCCUCCCCGCUUCUGCCCGGCCUGCCAAGCCCUGCAGCCCCCGGACGCCGCCGCCGACCUCUUCCGCCUCCUCGGGUGCCCACGCACCUUCCGGCUGGACGAGGCCGAACUCCAGCAGCGGUUCCGCAGCCUCCAGCGCCGCCUCCACCCAGACCUCUUCAGCCGCAGGCCCCAGACGGAGCAGGGCUUCUCGGAGCAGCACUCGGCGCUGGUCAACACGGCCUACAGCACCCUCCGCACCCCCCUCAGCCGCGGACUCUACCAGCUGGAGUUAAAUGGGGUGGAGCUGGAGAAAGGAACAGACUGUGAGGCAGAUCCUGAAUUCCUCUCAGAAAUCAUGGAAAUUAAUGAGAAACUGACAGAAACGAACAAUGAAGAUGCAACAGAAGAGAUGGAAAGCUACAUAGCAGCUAAACAAGAGGAGCUGGCCAAAGAUGUAGGCCAAGCCUUUGACCAAGAUGAUUUUCAGAAAGCAAAAAAAAUAUUGGCCAAAAUGAAAUAUUUUGCCAACCUGGAAGAAAAGGUGAAGAAGAAAAAGCUCCCCUCCUAACAUUGCACUAUGAAUUGUGAUGAGCUUUUGCCGUUUGAUAUUUCCCAGGUAACUGAAAGCAAUAAAACCAGCAUUGUGGGCAGCUCUUGGUUUGUCUGCUCCUGAGACAAUGCAGAGAGCUGCUGGGUGAGACCACAGGUUCAGCAUCCUGCUUCCUGCCAGCGGACUCCAAGCAAGACAGUCCUCCCUCCAACGACUUUAGAUGCUGCAGGGCAUGCUGGCUUGGAACCUGGGGGGUCCAGGAAGACCUUGUCACUAGUGGCCUUCGGCAGGCCAAGAGGAACAGGAAUCCAGAGCCGCGGAAGUGGGUUGCAGCUCAUGAAGGAGUUCACUAGAAUAAAAACAUCUUUAAGGUGC